AUGGACACCCAUAGAGUUGAUCUGCACACCAAACGCACACUUCUCUGCGCUCACCUCCACUCUGCCUUCAUCUCUGGGCUCACUCAAAUUCUAUUCGCUGCGUUAAAGUUUUAUGGAAUUACGAAAAUUGCCACUCUCUCUCUCUCUCUCUCUCUCUCUCAAAUCCAUUUCUCCCCAAAUCAAAACCUCCAUUUCAGCGGCGAAGCAACAAAGCGAGGUUCCGGCGGCGAAGCAACGAAUCAAGGCUCCGGCUGCGAGGCAACAGAUCUAGGAUGCGGCGGAAAAGCUAGCGGUGAAGAGGAACUACUGAGGCUACUGACACCCAAAACGAAGCCCCAGGUCUCUUCUGACGAAGCCCUAUCCAAUUUCGAGGAGGAGGAGCCGAUCAAUGACGAAGAGGACGAGGAAGAGCUAGAGGUUGUCGCUCUCUCCGCCAACUCCGAUGAUGAAGACGCCGCCGAGGACAACUCCCGCGGCUCCGAUGACAAGGCUGCGCCGGUCGAGAACGACGAUGACUUUGAAGAAGAGGACUCAGCAAAUUUCGUUUGCAGGAUGGAGCUAAUGAAAGCAAUACUGAAGUGAGCAAACGCGAGAGGGCCAGGCUAGUAUACUACUGGGGGUCAGUAUACUACUGGGGAUCAGUACACUACUGAUGGUCAGUAUACUACUGGGGCUAGUAUACUACUGGGGGUCAGUAUAGUUCUGAGGGUCAGUACUCCAGGAAAUCCUGCUGGAGAAACUUCUUCACCAUGAGAAGAGGUGAAAUUCAAAGCAACUUGUAUGUGAAAGCAGCAAAGCCAGAGAUAAAUGAUAUAUUGUUCAAGUUUCAUAUUGUAAUAUUUAUAAAUAGUUUUUGGAAUUAUUAAAUAAAUGAGUUGUUUCUAAGAAAAACAAAAAUGGAAUAUAGAAAUAUUAUU